AGGCGAGAGCCCCGUGCUCCGGGGGCCCAGUACCGUUCAAAGAUGCAGGCUGCCGGGACGUUGCGUGGUACCACCAGGGUCAUCUCCCUUCUGGUAUUGCUGGUAUCUCUCAUUGGCCGUGCCUAUUCGCUUCCUCUUCAAUAUUUACCCAGCAUCCCCGGCUACGUUCCGGUUUACAUAAGAUACGGGGAUGAACCGUUGGAGGAUAUAAAUCCCGAGUUGGCCGAAGCUUUCGGGGAGGCGUCGAGUUCGGCUAAGCUAGACCGUACGCUCGCCCACGAGCCUGACAACUUUAAGGAUAACGACAUCGACGCACUCCUGGAGGAGUCCGCGGAGAAGCACGCUUAUCCGCUGCGCAUCCGAGCAACGGAGAGCCGCUCGUUCGCCACCGUGAACGAUGACGAGCCGGGAAACAAGCCGAAACUUUUGACCAUCUAUCAGUUGCCCGAUGACAACGAGAACAGGCGUAAUCGCGGCCGCAGUCGCGGACGCAAUCGGAACAGAUCCAGGCCGAGACACGCAAAUUGGGGACCACCUACACUUAAGGUCAGCCCACUGUCCGAUGCGGAGAAGGAGGAGCUGGAGAAGCUGGCGAUCGAGGUCGAAAAGGAAGAGACCAAGCCAAACGAGCUCUACGCUCCGAGUUCGAAAUCGUCCGAAUUACCUCACGCGACGGCGCGCAAUCGGCACAGGGCGCACAAGUUUGCCGCGCCGAUAAAAGUGCAGGAUCCGCUCGACGAGAGCUCCUCGUCGGAUCUCUCUCAGGAAAUUUCUCAGGCGGCGGACCUCCCGGAGCCCUCGCGCAAUCGCAACCACGGCAGACCUAGAGCAGACAAGAGCAGGGCCGAUGCUGCACCCGAAGCUGGUAAACGUGAACGUAAACACGAGCCGCCCGUCAAGGAGCAACGUCCAGCCACGAUUUUGUCGAACGUGGAUAAAAUAUCGCCUAUCGAUUUGCCGGAAAGCGCCGCCGAGAAGGGUGACAAACCAAGGAACACCACGGAGGCGAACGACGAGAUCGCGAUGGAGUAGACGCGACCCGCCUUUAGUCUAAAUUUCUUAUAACUUAUUUUUCGUAGCGAUACAAGGUGCGCGCCAGAGGGAUCACCCGCAUUUUCCUUCGUCACCGAUCGUUCGAUGAGUUUUCGAUUUUUCUCAGCGAGAAGCUCGCGGGGAGCCGUGGAUUCGUGUUGCGACAUUCUUGAUCUCCGUGUAUUAAACAAUACAGUUUGAGCUCACCGAUUUGAAAUUGAUUAUUCUUUCGCACAGUCACGAUAAUUAGGAGGCCAUCCCAUCGGAUCAUUGGCCGCAGAGAGAAAAUUUGGUCUGAAUUCGUCGGAAAGCCGGAGAACAGCGUGAUUGGUUGUGGAUAUAUUCCGUGUAUUAACGAAGAAAUAAGGUAGAGAAGCCACGCGAGGGCACUUCCGCGAGAGUUUUAGUUCGUACUAUUUAUGGUGCGAUGACCUGUUUGAGGCGUCGCGCGGAGGAUACAUAUUUUACCGCACAGUGGGCAUUUACGGUCUCCUUGGUGGCUGUUACUGCUUCCGUGCUUGUAAAGUUUGUUUGCGCAUUGUAAAUUAUGUUAACGAUACGACAAGCAUCGUGUAAAGUUACUAGAACGUUUCUAAUAAAACGCCGCCGCACAUCUCGUGUGUUAACAUUUA